GCCAACCAUUCGCAGCCAAAAUUUUGACGCUCGCCGGUGUGUGAUUGCUAGUGUGAUAAGCAAGGUAUUCGGUGAACUGUGAAACGCAGUUAGUGCUUCUCGAUUCCGAAAAAGGUCCACCAGAGCCACAUAAAGCAGCGCCAAAAUGUGUGACGAUGAUGCAGGAGCAUUAGUCAUCGACAAUGGAUCCGGUAUGUGCAAGGCGGGCUUCGCUGGUGAUGAUGCCCCGCGAGCUGUCUUUCCGUCGAUUGUUGGCCGCCCGCGUCACCAGGGCGUGAUGGUCGGUAUGGGUCAAAAGGACGCGUACGUCGGUGAUGAGGCCCAAUCGAAGCGAGGUAUUCUGACACUGAAGUAUCCUAUAGAACAUGGUAUCAUCACGAACUGGGACGACAUGGAGAAGGUGUGGCAUCAUACCUUCUACAAUGAGUUACGUGUGGCGCCGGAAGAACAUCCAGUUCUGUUGACGGAAGCCCCAUUGAACCCGAAGUCCAAUCGUGAGAAGAUGACUCAGAUCAUGUUCGAAACGUUUGCUUCUCCGGCUGCUUAUGUCGCCAUCCAAGCCGUUCUGUCACUGUACGCCUCCGGUCGUACUACCGGUGUGGUUCUUGAUUCCGGAGAUGGCGUUUCCCAUACCGUCCCAAUCUAUGAAGGUUAUGCCCUGCCACAUGCCAUCCUCCGUAUGGACUUGGCCGGUCGUGAUCUGACUGACUACCUGAUGAAGAUCCUGACUGAACGUGGUUACUCUUUCACCACCACAGCUGAGCGUGAAAUCGUUCGCGAUAUCAAGGAAAAGCUGUGCUACGUCGCCCUGGACUUUGAGCAGGAAAUGCAAGCUGCCGCUGCAACCUCAUCUUCCGAAAAAUCCUAUGAACUUCCCGACGGUCAGGUCAUCACCAUUGGAAACGAACGUUUCCGUGCCCCAGAAGCAUUGUUCCAGCCUUCAUUCCUGGGAAUGGAAGCAACUGGUGUACACGAGACUGUCUACAAUUCCAUCAUGCGUUGUGAUGUGGACAUCCGUAAGGACUUGUACGCUAACAGUGUCUUGUCUGGAGGUACCACCAUGUAUCCAGGUAUUGCUGAUCGUAUGCAGAAGGAAAUCACCGCCCUCGCUCCGUCAACCAUCAAGAUCAAGAUUAUCGCUCCCCCAGAACGUAAAUACUCCGUCUGGAUCGGUGGAUCUAUUCUGGCCUCGCUGUCCACCUUCCAGACCAUGUGGAUCUCGAAGCAGGAAUACGACGAGGGUGGCCCAGGAAUCGUCCAUCGCAAGUGCUUCUAAAUGAGCAAACAUCAAAGAAAAGAUCAACUCAACAGCAUCAGCCAAACGCACGAAUGGAUUCAUCACCACCCAUCAGUUUGUACGUUAUCCAAUGUAACUGCCAUCUUGCAACACCUUAGACCAAUCGAUUGCUUUUCCAUUUGCCUAUUGCCAAACUUUGGGCAGGGCUACCUAAGAAGUGGACUCGUUUUAAUUCCAGAGGAAGAACAUUAUGCAGGAAAUUUUUCUCGUUCAUAAGCAUCAAAUAUCUCCGUGUUUUUACUUAUCUAGUGUUAGAGCAAUUCCCGCAUGAAGGCCUGUACUUAGCACCACAUUGUAGUACAUCUAUUUUUACGUUCAACUUAUUUUCAGUAAUAAAAAUGAAGGAAAAUAAACUCAA